GCACUCCUUUUGAAUACAUGAUUCUGGCCAGUAUCAUUGCCAACUGCAUCGUCCUGGCUUUGGAGCAGCAUCUUCCAGGAGAUGACAGAACACCUAUGUCAAAGAGACUGGAAAAGACUGAACCAUACUUUAUAGGGAUCUUCUGCCUUGAAGCGGGGAUUAAGGUCAUCGCCCUGGGUUUCGUGUUCCAUAAAGGCUCCUACCUGCGGAACGGCUGGAACGUGAUGGAUUUCAUUGUGAUUCUCAGCGGGAUCCUGGCAUAUGCUGGUGCUCACAUCAACACACGUGUGGACUUGAAGACACUGAGAGCAGUCAGAGUGCUUCGGCCUCUCAAACUGGUCUCAGGCAUUCCCAGUCUACAGAUUGUGCUGAAGUCCAUAAUGAAAGCCAUGAUACCUCUGCUGCAGAUCGGGCUGCUCCUUUUCUUUGCCAUUCUCAUGUUUGCAAUCAUUGGACUGGAGUUCUACAGUGGCAAGUUGCACCGGACUUGCGGCCUUCGUGCCAACCUGACAGAUUUGAAAGAUUUUGAAGCCCUUGAUGAGUCGGAGUUGGACUUCCCCUGCCGAGACAAAGGCUGUCCUGAGAACUAUGAAUGCAAUAAGCCCUGGAUCGGUCCUAACAACGGGAUCACGCAGUUCGAUAACAUCCUGUUUGCUUUGCUGACUGUCUUCCAAUGCAUCACUAUGGAGGGCUGGUCCACAGUCCUCUACAAUACCAAUGAUGCCUUAGGCCCAACCUGGAACUGGCUGUAUUUCAUCCCUCUGAUCAUCAUCGGAUCCUUUUUCGUACUAAACCUUGUGCUGGGGGUCCUGUCUGGGGAGUUUGCCAAAGAGAGGGAGAGAGUGGAGAACCGGAGGGCGUUCAUGAAGCUGAGGAGACAGCAACAAAUUGAGCGCGAGCUGAAUGGGUACCGAGCCUGGAUCGACCGAGCAGAAGAAGUAAUGCUAGCAGAAGAAAAUAAAAAUUCAGCCACAUCGGCACUGGAAGUGCUGAGGAGAGCUACCAUCAAAAAGAGUCGCAUGGAGACGAUUCCUCGGGAACCCAGCGAGGACCAGUAUGCUGACAUCUCAUCUGUGGGUAUCCCCCUAGCCAGAGCCAGCAUUAAGAGCACUAAACGGGACGGCACCUCGUAUUUCCGUCGGAAGGAGCGCCUGCUGAGGAUCUCUGUGCGCCACAUGGUGAAAUCACACACCUUCUACUGGAUUGUGCUGAGCCUGGUGGCCUUGAACACGCUGUGUGUAGCUAUUGUGCACCACAAGCAGCCACAGUGGCUCUCCACAUUCCUCUACUAUGCAGAGUUCCUCUUCCUGGGGCUGUUUCUCACUGAGAUGUUCUUAAAGAUGUACGGCCUGGGACCACGGCUCUACUUCCACUCCUCUUUCAACCGCUUUGAUUGCGGAGUUAUUGUCGGCAGUAUAUUCGAGGUGAUCUGGGGAUUUUUCCGGCCGGGAAUGUCUUUUGGAAUCAGCGUCAUGCGGGCUCUGCGUCUGUUGAGGAUUUUUAAGAUUACAAAGUACUGGGCAUCGCUUCGGAACCUGGUGGUGUCUCUCAUGAGCUCCAUGAAAUCCAUCAUCAGCCUACUCUUCCUGCUCUUCCUCUUCAUCUUGGUCUUCGCUCUGCUGGGGAUGCAGCUCUUUGGGGGCAGGUUCAUUUUUGAAGACACUCCGACAAACUUUGAUACAUUCCCCGCAGCAAUAAUGACCGUGUUCCAGAUCCUGACGGGAGAGGACUGGAAUGAGGUGAUGUACAAUGGGAUUCGUUCUCAAGGAGGAGUGAAGUAUGGCAUGUGGUCCUCUAUAUAUUUCAUUGUUCUGACACUCUUCGGCAACUACACACUGCUCAAUGUGUUCUUGGCCAUCGCGGUGGACAAUCUAGCCAAUGCUCAGGAGCUGACUAAGGAUGAGCAGGAGGAAGAAGAGGCCUUCAACCAGAAGCACGCUCUGCAGAAAGCAAAGGAAGUCAGCCCCAUGUCAGCAACAAACAUGAUGGCUUCAGAGAGAAAAACCUUGCUCACUAGGAAAAAGACAAUUCGCAGACACCGGCACACCAUUCAUAUCAAAGCUGCCAGAGCUUCAGAAGCACUCCCUGAUCCCGAGUCUCUCAAUGGCCCUCCUAACUAUUUUCUGUCUAGAAGGGAGAGAAGAAGGAGGCUCACCAUGUCAGUUUGGGAGCAGAGAACCAGCCAGCUGAGGAGGCGAAGGCAGAUGUCCAGCAGAGAGGCUCUCUACUCCAGCCCGACCGAGGAGUCCGAGAGGGGAGCCAGCUGUCAUCGACACAGGAAGACUGAGAGCCUUCGUAGAGAUCCUGUGAUCCCAGACAUACAGCCACUACCCCUGCAAAUGCCAAUGCCACUGCCAGGCCCUGAAGAGACGCUGGGGGUGACCAACCACUGCCAAGCACACAGCAAGGAGGGCCACCAGAGCCCCAGAGCAAAUGGAGAGAGAGGACACCGAGCAAGCCGCAAGGCCCAUGGCCCCCUGCCUGAGGGGUUAGCCCCUGAAGAGGGGGGGAGGGUGAGGAGGAGCGGGCGGCACCAGCGGAAGGAGAGGGGAGAGGGAAAGACCAAGGACUCCUCUCACAGUGAAGGCAGCCGCUCUGUCAGCAGAGAGAGAAGAACAGAGGAGGGAAGAGGAUGGGGAGGUGGAGGAGAGGCAGGGGAGCCCAAGGUCCUGGGGGGAAGGACGGAAGAGGACACUGGGAGCAGAUCACUGGAAGCUGUGGCAGGUCUCCCCGACCCCCUGCCCAUGACAAACUCCCCCAGAGCAGCGGCGCGAGAGAGCACCAGAGCCGCCCUGCAGCAGAGUGGGGAGGCAGCAGGGAGCACAGCCCCCGUGGACACUACAGUGGAGAUUGAGCCAGAGAUAAACCCCAGCCUGCUGAACCUCGUGAAACCAACGGGUCAGACCAGCGUUGCCGUCGAGGUGACUGACACACAUACGCCACUGGAGCUGCUGCCUAUCACAGUCAACAGCAAGGAAGCAGAAGCCUCGAUUGCAGUGAAUGCAGAGGGGGGGCUGAGUGGAGCGAGAACCGUCCCACCACACAGCAUGUUCAUCUUCAGCGCCACCAACCCUAUCAGAAGAGCCUGCCACUACAUUGUAAACCUGCGCUACUUUGAGAUGUGCAUCCUCCUGGUCAUCGUGGCAAGCAGCAUCGCCCUGGCAGCAGAGGAUCCUGUUUCCACUGGGUCCAAGUGGAACAAAGUGCUGCGUUACUUUGAUUAUGUUUUCACCGCCGUCUUUACCUUUGAGAUGAUUAUAAAGAUGAUCGAUCAGGGUCUGAUUCUACAUGACGGCUCAUACUUCCGAGACCUGUGGAACAUUCUGGAUUUCAUCGUGGUUGUGGGAGCGCUCAUUGCCUUCGCUUUAGCGAAUGUGAUGGGGACUACCAAAGGACGAGAUAUCAAGACUAUCAAGUCUUUGAGAGUUCUACGUGUCCUCCGGCCCCUGAAGACCAUCAAGAGACUGCCAAAGCUCAAGGCAGUGUUUGACUGCGUGGUGACUUCUCUAAAGAAUGUCUUUAACAUCCUGAUUGUCUACAAACUUGUCAUGUUCAUCUUCGCUGUCAUCGCGGUACAGCUCUUCAAAGGGAAGUUCUUCUACUGCACCGACGAGUCUAAGGACACUGAAAAAGAGUGCAGGGGCUACUACCUUGAAUUUGAUAAAGACAAAAUGGACAAGAUGGAGAAGAAGAAGAGGGAGUGGAGGCAUCAUGAUUUCCACUAUGACAACAUCAUCUACGCACUCCUGACCCUCUUCACUGUCUCCACCGGGGAAGGCUGGCCGCAAGUCCUGCAACACUCAGUGGAUGUAACGGAGGAGGACCGUGGGCCAAGUCGAGGGAACCGCAUGGAAAUGUCUAUCUUCUAUGUAGUGUAUUUUGUGGUCUUCCCCUUCUUCUUCGUAAACAUCUUUGUGGCUUUGAUCAUCAUCACUUUCCAGGAGCAGGGGGACAAGAUGAUGGAGGAGUGCAGCCUGGAGAAGAACGAGAGAGCCUGCAUUGACUUUGCUAUCAAUGCCAAGCCCCUGACGCGCUACAUGCCUCAGAACAGGCAAACCUUUCAGUACAGAGUCUGGCACUUUGUCGUGUCCCCCUCCUUCGAGUACACUGUGCUCGCCAUGAUCGCCCUCAAUACCGUGGUGCUCAUGAUGAAGUAUUACUCAGCUCCUGCCGCCUAUGACCACGUAUUGAAGCACCUGAACACUGCAUUCACCAUCCUCUUCUCACUGGAGUGCAUCUUGAAAAUCAUGGCUUUUGGAUUUUUGAACUACUUCCGGGACACGUGGAACAUAUUUGACUUCAUCACGGUCCUGGGCAGCAUUACUGAGAUCAUCCUGGCCGACACGCAGCUCCUCAACACAUUCAACAUGAGUUUCCUGAAGCUGUUCCGCGCUGCCCGACUCAUCAAGCUCCUGAGACAGGGCUACACCAUCCGCAUCCUGCUUUGGACAUUCGUACAGUCCUUCAAGGCUCUGCCAUAUGUGUGCCUGCUGAUAGCAAUGCUCUUCUUCAUAUACGCAAUUAUCGGAAUGCAGGUAUUUGGGAACAUCAAGGUGCGGAACGAUUCUCAGAUAAACCACCAUAACAACUUUAGGACCUUCUUCAGCGCGCUGAUGCUUCUGUUCAGGAGUGCCACAGGCGAGUCCUGGCAGGAGAUCAUGCUGUCCUGCACAGCAGGGAAGCCAUGUGAAACCCACAACGGCAACAGCAGCAGCAGCUCUGCCACCAACGAGACCUGUGGCACGGACUUUGCAUACUUCUACUUUGUCUCCUUCAUCUUCUUUAGCUCCUUUCUGAUGCUAAACCUGUUUGUGGCUGUCAUCAUGGACAACUUUGAAUACCUGACUCGAGACUCCUCCAUCCUGGGGCCUCACCACCUGGAUGAAUUUGUGCGAAUCUGGGCAGAGUAUGAUCGGGCUGCAUGUGGUCGUAUUCAUUACACUGACAUGUAUGAGAUGCUGAUGCACAUGUCUCCACCACUAGGCCUCGGAAAGAAAUGUCCUUCCAAACUUGCUUAUAAGAGAUUGGUGCUGAUGAACAUGCCUGUUGAUGAGGAGAUGACAGUACAUUUUACCUCUACUUUGAUGGCUCUUAUAAGAACAGCCCUUGAAGUUAACAUUGCAAGAGGUGGCGAGGACAGGCAGCAGAUGGAUGCAGAGUUGCAAAAGGACAUCAGUUUGAUCUGGCCUCACCUUUCACAGAAGUCACUGGAUUACUUGGUUCCGAUACAUAAAGCCAGCGACCUGACCAUCGGGAAGAUCUACGCAGCCAUGAUGAUCAUGGACUACUAUAAGCUGAACAAGGCCAAGAAACAGAGGCAGCAGCUGGAGGAGCAGAAACAUGCCCCAAUGUUCCAGCGCAUGGACGCCUCAUCCCUCCCUCAGGAGAUCCUCUCCAGCGCCAAGGCUCUGCCAUUCCUGCAACACAGCCCCAGCACCGGCCUGGGAGAAUUUGUGGCACUCAGCCCCCUGUCCCCUCAGGAGAGGUUUGUGAGUCCCAGGUCUCCCGACCUCCAAAGGAGAGAAGACUUCCAGGAGCACCACACUCUGAUGUCCGAGCGGAGGGAGUUACCUAGGCAGGUUUUUCCCAGUAACAGACAGUGCCUCCCCUUGGAAGUGCCGGGGCGGGGCAUUUCAAUACGGGCCUCUUCCAUGCCUCGACUAGCAGUGGAACCACAGGUGAUGACAGAGAGCAACUCGAUGAAGCGCUCCUUCUCCACGAUCGGAGCCCAGCGUGUGAACGGGCUGUGGCUGGACGAGUACUCCCUGGAGAGAGUGGGUCCUGCCGAGCUGCACAGACAGCAGCACCGGAGCUACCGACCGCCUGGUUUAAAGUCAGAGCACCGCCAAGCUUGUGACCGAGAGCGGGGCCGGUCUAAAGAGCGCAGGCACCUGCUAUCUCCAGACGUGUCCCGCUGCAACUCAGAGGAGAGGAGCCCCUCGGGACAGCCCCCCACCCGGGAGAGAGCGCAGUCCAGAUCCCCGAGCCAGGGUCGAGCACGCACCAUCCACACACAGGGCCCCAACUCGGACAGCCCAGUCCCCUCCACCUCUGAGUCCAGCACUCCCAAUCAUGGGCGCCGCCAGCUGCCCCAGACCCCCUCCAAACCCCGACCCCACAUCUCCUACUCGCCCUUGGUGCGCCGCUCCACCAACCCCUCCCCCCCAGCCAACGGCAGCACCCCACGGACCCGAGAGCCAGCCGCCACAGGGGGACAGUGUGCUGGAGAGGGCCAGAGCAGCCACCGCUCCACCCCUCACCGCUACAUCUCCGAGCCCUACCUCCCUCUGCACGAGGACUACAACAGCCCCGAUUCAGCCGGAGCAGACGAGACCUUGACCUUUGAGGCUGCAGUGGCCACCAGCUUCGGGCACUCCAACACUAUCAGCUCAGCCCCUCCACAUAGGCACAGCUGGCAGGUCCCCAAUGGCCACUUCCGCAACCGGCUCAUCCAGUCCAGCUCGGUAACCGGCUGUGAGCUCUUUAGCGACACGGACGAGGAUGACCGCUGCUAGGGGCUGCUGCUUCCUACAGACAGGAAUAUUAAAGAACACAGGGAACGUUCUAGAACAUUCCAAGAUUAGGAUACUAAAGGGAGGGCCGUUGACGUUACAGUAAAACACUACAGCCACUAUGUUUUGAAGUACAUUUUUUGAAAGGAAUAACACUAUGUGGUAGAAUCUACUUAGCUGAAUGCUGUUUCAGACAGAAUUUAUCAGCUAACCCGAGUAUUCACCUAACAGCAGUGUACCUCUAUUGUUGUGUGCAUUUCGACACAAGGAACAUACCAUUUAACAAACUGUUUACCUUAAGGCAAAAUCAUAUAAUUCCAGACUUUUAUAAAGUAGUCUGGUGUACCAAACAUCCAAUGUCGUAAUGUUCGCAACAAAAAAGCAUUUUUUUUUUAAUUAUUUUUUUCUGUAUGCUUAUUGUGGAAAUUGCACAAUUGUGCAACACAACCUUUCAGCUAAACAGAAUAAUAUUGUAUUACAUAUAAAUAGCAAUGGUGCAUAAUACAAUUAUUCAGUUAAACAAUGUAAUCCACUAAGUGACAGUGUAGUGGAGAGCACUGUAUGCAGGUAAUUUACUGGUUUGAGUAACGUCUAGCUAGUUUUAUCGAUUUCAUUUGUUUUAUUCCUUUCAAUUAAAUUUACCUUUGCGAUUGCUUCAUAAUAGCACUAAAAAUAUUGGCGUGUGCCAAACUGAGAAAUAAAAAGGUAAAGAUCACAAGGGCUUGGGAAAGAAAAGUUGAAAAUAAAGUGCUAACUCUCACAAAUACUCCGUUGAAAACCACUUUGCUCUUCACCCAAUACCAAACCCACAUUGUAAUGAAUUAACAUGAUGCUCCAGUAUUAGUGUGAUGAGUGUGCCUCUUCUCUGUGUGUGUUUCCAUGCAGCAGCUGCUCUAUUAAACCCAGAAGAGGUUCCUCUCAUUCUGUGAAACUCAACCUUGAAAACAAACCCCCACAAUGAGAGCCGUUCCCUGAGACAGGUCGCUGUAUAAUGAAGUUUAGCUACUUUAAGAAAAUGGAUGAGCUGCCAGCAAUGGGAACCCUCAUUCACUCACCAAUACAACACAGCAGUAUUGCACAGUUAAUAAUGACAGAUACAUCUGCUGUACAGUAAAUGUUUUUGUUACCGGAGGUAUGUUGUUCAAGCAGAGAAUGAAAGACACUUGAUAUUACUCCCCACUCUAUUGAAUAAACAGCUUUAGUAAUGUGAUCAAAUUGAAUGAGUCCCAAUGUGAUCAUAGAAAGAGUGUUUCAAUGUGCUUCUUAUCAGAAGUUCCAUCCCGCAACAUGCCCCACCCCCUUGCAUCCUGAACCCCAGGUUCAGCACUGUCUCUUGGGUCCCAGGCUGGAACUUUCCACAAGCUCUAUAGCAUGGAGAAACUUCUAAAAAUCACAAAGCUGAGGGUUAGCACUUUGUUUUACUGACCCCCUUCAGAUAAACAAGAGAGAGAGAGAAGACUCUCCAUAGGGAGCACUGAUAUUCAAAUCUUUAAAUAAAUGCAGGGCUCUAUUUUGAGUGCAAAGGCAUUCUUAAAGGGAAUAAUAAAAAUAGUAACAGUACAAUACUAGCAAGUAUACCAGACAGUGAAGGAGCAGUUGAUUGUUCUGAGAAGUUAUUUGCUCACUGAAUGCUGUUAAAUUGAUUUUAUUCCUUUCAGAAAAUGUGACCUUUUUUAAAUUAGGGCCUCAAUAUCUUUUUGAAAAAUAAAGACGAGGUGACGAGAUUUUAGGGGAGACGAAGCAGAGAAUACUAUUUCUACUGACAGUGACCCAGAAGGGUCCAACUAGUUUCAGUAUUCAUGGCUGUAUAUAUUAUACAAAGGCUUGUCAUCAGAAGGAGGUCUCACGAAAAGCCUCUGUAGUCCAUUGUGUAAAAAAAUUAAUAAAUGGUAAAGGGAAAUGAGUAGGCUGUCAACUACAUUUCUAUCAAUUCAUUUAUUGAUCAUUGAAAAACAUUUGCUGGGCUACAGUGUAGCUGUGUAGUGCUUUAGGUCAUGAUGCAUGAGCUCUGUUGUAAUACAAAUCAUGUCACCCUGAGCUUGGAGACACUGAAAGGUACUCCCAGUAUAGAUCAUAUUGGCAGUGGUGUCCAUUACCAUGUCCCUUGGUACUGUUGCAGUGCAUUGUGGGUUAAUGACCUGUUACCGUGGGAAGCUGCUUGUGAUGCUCUUGCAUCAGUGGUCUUUUGUGAACAUUUCUCCUGACAGCCACCAGUUGUCCCAUUAUUUCUAGAGAAUAAAAACAAGGUGGCUUUUCCAUUUAGAAAAGACAAGAAAGUUAAUGUUUAGUUAAAAAAAAAAAAAUGAAGUAAAACCUAUCAAUGUUUCAUCCUUUUUUUUGUAAUGCCUAAUACUUGUUAAGUUAAUUCUGGCAUUCAGUAUAACCUCAUGCAUAACUCCGAUACCAAUAUGCCAGCCAAAAAAAACAUGACAAAAUGGUGAAUACAAAAAAGAAACUUCCAGGCUGUAUUAAACACUCAGCAUUUCCUGAUUCUUUAUGGCCUUACGGCCUCUUCUUAUUUUAUCAAUGCUCUUCAUUCUAGACUAAAACCCAGUUUUAACUGAGCGCUAAUAGCUUAAUCACCCUUUCACAUAUACUGCUUCAUGCUGCAGUCACAGUAAUCAGGGGUUUGAUUGUAUUUCAUGCAAGUUAAGUGACACUGCAGUGACCUACAUUUAGUGAUGAGUAUGCAAACAGACUAUAAAUGGUUACCUUAGCCCAUGGUAUUUUAACAAGCUCCAGGUGAAGAAUAGUUAACAGUGUGGUAAUUCAGCAGCUCUCAGACACCCUCUGCUGCAGUAGUACGCUAGUGUCCAGGGAACAUGGCAAUGAGAACCACUUGGUGGGGUUAUAUUGGGGUGAACCAUGCCUUGACAUGCCUUGAUUGCUUAAGUGGAAGUCGCUAGCUAACCUUAACGUAGUCUUAACCACCGGCACUCCUCCAAACAGCUUUCUCAGCACCACCUUUAAUAAUUGCUUGUUGUACCACAGUUGGUGGAUUUUGUGUUUGUUUUAAGUUUUAAAAAAAACUUUCAUUCAAGGCUUUAAAAUCUGUUUAAUUAACGUUAAUAUUAUCACUGGCCCCCCUUCCUUUAAAGCAGUGCUAACCAAGGCUGGACAAUGAAUGUCUUCAACUUGUCUGCAUCAGAAACAUUACAGACAGUUUAGUAAAACCUGAGUCUUGGAAUGAUCUGCAUUAAUGUAAAAACAAGCAAUGAAAGAACAAGAAAGGGUCACCAGUAAUAAUGUUCAUGUGCAAAUACGAGAAAAGAAAAUGGAUUUGAAAGUCUAGGUUUGCACUUUUUAAAAGGAGUCUGUGAUAAUGUUUCAAUUCGAAUAGUAGAUCAUACCAUGUAUUUCCAAACCUUGGUGGGCACUCUUUAGUUCCAAGAAAUAAUUACUUUUUGAAAAGAACUUCAUCAGAUUGGAUGGCAUACUUUUCCCUAUGACUGCUUAGGGACUUUUUCUUAUUAUUUUGUACAGGACAACAUUUCCAAUGGUUUGUAUAUAAUGGCUAUGGAAACUGCAUGUCUUAACUAUCUGCCAGAGCUUAGAACUUCUUGAGUCCUGCUGUACCUUUGCUUCCUCCCUGAAAGUGUGUAUGAGGUUUUAGGUUGUGUUGUUAUACAAUAUGUAAAUACUAACUUUUGUGUUAACAGAUUGAAAAUGUAUAAGAAAAAAGAAAAAGCCAUGUUUCCUGUAAAUAGAAUGACCAUAUUAGGGGCUGAAAGAUGUAUUAGCAAUGGAUAAUGUACUGUACCAGUAACUGCCAUAUUAUCAGAGAUAUAUAACUGUGCUUUUUACAAGUGAAAUAUUUUGCUUAUGGGGAAUGGCCUUGUUGAUGUGUCAGUUUUUUGAGAGCAAAUUUCUACACAAUUUCCUUGUAAAUUAAAAAUAAAGCAAUUUAACUGUGA